UGCUUCAUCGCCUUGUACUCAGUUGGAUCUUCGAGUGAGUGCCCGUGCUAGAUGUGUAAUCGAAUAAAUAAAUAAAUAAUCAGUGUUUACGAUAAACCUAUCCGAGUAAAUACGUUUUGCUAAUUGUUCUCUUUGGAGCGAAGAAGUAGGUUGCAACAUUUGUACUGCAUCAGCACUUGUGUCCUGUGACUGCGCCGCAAGCAUGACCGUGUUUUGAAAUUUGGCGAUUAGGAGCACCUAGUAGUAAGCAGAAUGGCAAAGGGGACAGCAAUGUAUUCUGUUUUGUUUUUGGCCACCCUGUAUGUCAGCACGGCACAAGGACUUUACAAUGACUCGACCCGCGACUACGUCGGCAUCGAGCGGCACGGCCUCCAAGUCUCCAUAUCUCGGGAGCUGCUGCUCAGGAUUGAGAGCCAGGACCAGGACUGGCACUUCCUGCCGUGGAUGAGGAUCCGGACCACCGUGGUCAACGACACCGUGACCGAGGUGUCGUGUCUCAGUGGAGACUCGAUUGACAGCUUCCCCGAUGGACUUUUCGAUGACGAGCAACUGCGUCGCGGCGGCUUCAUACUAUACAUGAUGCUCGGAAUAUACGCGUUCACGUUGUUAGCCUUCGUGUGCAACGACUACUUCAUCCCCACCGUGGAGAUCAUUUGCGACACCCUCAAGAUACCGCAGAACGUGGCCGCGGCAACCUUCAUGGCGGUGGCCACUUCGUGUCCGGAGUUCUUCGUGAACGUGAUCUCCACGUUCCUAACCGAGUCAGACAUGGGCAUCGGCACCAUCGUCGGGUCAGCUGUCUUCAACGCGCUGGGAGUGGCGGCUAUUGGGGGGCUGGCGGCUAUCAGGCCGAUAUCGAUCGAGAUGCGUCCCGUGACGCGUGACGUGUGCAUCUACCUCAUCAACGUGUCAGUGCUGGUCGCCAUCGUGUUCGACGGGCAGAUCGCGUGGUACGAGGCCACCGUGCUCGGCGUGAUGUACGUCUGCUACUUUCUCAUCAUGUUCAACAGCGUGCGUCUGUUCGCGCUGGCUGACAGGCUGACUGAUAGGUGGAGGAACAGGAAUAAAGAUGUUUCAGUGGCCGAUAUUCAACGAGGAGAGAAGGAAGGAGAGAAAGAAAUAGAGGCACAACCAGAACUGGUGUUCAACGGAUUGGGAAACAACAAAGUCAUUGAUGAUUUUACCAAAGGUGUUGCGGAUGUUACUGUGGAAGAAGAAGAACAGGAAUCGCUGUGGGCCUACCCCAGCGACAAGAAGCUCAUGUACCAGGCCUGGUGGCUCUACUGCUUCCCGGUGAAGUUCCUGCUCACGAUGACCAUCCCGUCGCCGGUGACGCGCAAGAAGUGGUGGCCGCUGACCUUCAUCAUGUGCAUCGUGUGGAUCGGAGGGAACUCCUACUUCGUCACGUGGUCUAUGACCGUGUUGGGGCACACUUUCUUCAUUCCGGACUCCGUGAUGGGGAUGACAUUCCUGGCGUUCGGGGGCUGUCUGCCCGAGGCCUGCGCCAUCUUUAUCAUGUCACGGAAAGGCGAGGGUGGUAUCGGGGUGUCGAACGCGCUGGGUGCCAACUCGCUCGCCAUACUGUUUGCUCUCGGCAUGCCGUGGCUCAUCAGGACCCUGACGCUGCUCUCCCAGGGCGCCGAGGCCGUCGUGUACAUCAACUCCUCAGGCAUCGAGUUCAUCGUCGGCUCUCUCCUCAUCGCCGUCAUCAGCUUAUGGGUCACCCUGUACUUCGGCAAAUUCGUGCUCAGACGGCUCACUGGCAGCAUCUUCCUGUGCCUGUAUGUCAUCUUCAUCACCCUCGCCCUUCUCAUUGAAACGGGAGUGAUUUUGGACAAAGCCAUCCCUCUUUGUUGAUAGGAUGUGGCGUAUUGUUUUAAUGGAAUAUCUCAAGUUGAACAAUACAUGUUGUAGCCUCUGAAGGCUUGAAUCAAGCCGUGGGCUGGGUGUGGUUGUAGUACGUAGCGCCGACUUGUCUGACCCGGCUGACGUAUGUCAUUCUCCUGAGAAUGGUUCAUUUGGAUCGAUGAGAGCGAUGCUUGGCGUGGUAUCGGACGCUGCACGGCUUCGUUAUCGACGUCGAUAAACUCGUUUAAUGCGCGUUCCACCAAUCACUGAGCCGAAUUUACAGCGAAACGCAAUAUGGUGACGUUUAUCUACGUCAAUAACGACCCCGUGUAGCGGCAGCAGGUCAGAUAAAUUGGUUUUACUAUUAUAAUAUUAUGUAGAUAUUAGAUAGAAAAGAAUGCCCUUUGUGGGAUUAUACCAAUAUAGUGGAAUACCUGCAACUGCGUAAACAAUUUUAACCUAAUUGUUGAAUUAUUACACUCACGGGCAAUGAAAAAGUUCCACUCACAAAAUGCUGACACCAAACGAUCCCGAUUUUUUCAAACAUUUAAUUAAAAGUUUGAACAAAAUAUUAUUGUCUUCAGUUGGUAAUGUCCUGAUGCUCUGUUAAAUGUACUUCAAUGUUGCAGAAGUCGUCAUUAAGCUAGCCUUUUCCUUUUAUGAGUAAUUUGGUGUUUUUCUCAGUGGAACCUUUUCAUUGCCCGUGAGUGUACUUAUGUAUUGCUGGCAAUAACUUAUUGAGUUGGUUUCGCGUCAAGUACAAGUAUUUGUACAUUCGGCUGUGAUGAGUAGGUAUCCAUUCUUUCCGGAAACUUGUAAUUAUGCAAAGUCGAUCUCUUCCGGUAUGUAACGUAACUUUUCUCGAAGUUUUAGACUUUAAACGAAUUUUUCAUUUAGGUACUUAUUAUAAUGUAGUAGAUUUUUAUUUCUGUACAUAAGUGUAACUAUAUCAAUAAGUUUAAAUUAUACAACUAUGUAUUCCUAAGAAUAUUUCUUUUUUUUUGCGUACAUAUAUUAUAUUACCUAUAUGUUUUUUAAAGGAAUGUAUCAAUCAAUUUACCUAUUGUUAUUUAAGUUUAAGGUUGUUGAUGGAUUCAAUACAUUAUCUUAUCAUGCAUUUUUAAAUAUAGAGUAGUUACUGGAACAAAUGUUACAUAUCGCGUAUCACUUAUAUUUUAAUACUUAUUUAAGAUUUAGGUGCUUCUCUAAACCAAUGUAGGUAUACAUAGUUAGUAAUUGCUAAUUAUUAUGUAACAAAAUGUGAUAAAUCGUAUUUUAUUAAAUAUGUGAAACUCCA